GGGAGUACUUGCAAUCAGAUAAGAUUGCAUGGGUUGCACAGAGUUGCAGGUGCUGAACAGCUGAAACCAGUUUUGGGCCUUUCAUUAGGGACCAGAAUGGAAACUAUCAGAGCCCCAGAGUGCGUACAGCCGAAGGCGAAAAAACGCUGGGCUCCGCAGCUUAGGUAAGAUAUUUUUCUUUACAAAAAAAAGACGAGAAGAUAUUUCCUUUCAAAAGAAGAUUCCGCCCAGCCGCCGGCGAACCUUCCGCCGCCGCAACGCCAUGAUUCACCUCCGAGCGCGCAUGCUCUCUCUCCUUAUCCACUCCCCAUCCCGUAUACCGGCCUCCCGCGUCCCUCCCCUCUUCGCUCUUCACCGUGCCCUCUCCGCCACCACAUCCAUUCCGCAAAACUGUUUCCUCGCCGACGAGUACCUCGUCGCCUCCUGCGGCUUACCCCGAGCCCAAGCCGUCAAGGCAUCGAAGAAAAUCUCCCACCUCAAAUCCCCCUCCCAGCCCGACGCAGUCCUCACCUUCCUCUCCGGCCUCGGCGUCCCCCGCUCUGACAUAGCCCACCUCGUCUCCGUCGACCCGCGCUUCCUCUGCGCCAGCGUGGAGAGAACCCUAGCGCCCCGCGUCACCGAGCUCAGCGAACUCGGCCUCUCGCGUCCUCAGAUCGCGCGCCUCAUCCCGCUCGCCCUAUGCUCCUUCCGCAGCAGCUCCCUCCGCCGCAACCUUGACUUCUGGCUCACGGUCUUCGGCUCCUUCGAAAAUGUCCUCAAAGCUCUCCAGAUGAACUCUGGUCUCCUUGCCGCCGACCUCGAGAAGGUUGCCAAGCCAAAUCUUGCCCUCCUCCAGCAAUGCGGGCUAAGUGCCUCUCUUUUCUCAGAGCCCUUCAUUGCCAGGGUGCUCAUCAGGACCCCUAGGCAAGUCCAGGACGCUUUGGUGCACAUUGAUAAGUUUGGGGUGUUACGGGACUCGCGGAUGUUUCUCUAUGCCCUUGUGGCGUUCACUGUCCAGACCCCUGAGAAGCUCGCCGACAAAAUUCGGAUCCUUGAGAUGCAUGGUUGGUCACAGGAUGAUGUGUUGUUAGCUGUGAAGAAGAUGCCGGGUAUCCUGACCAUGUCCGAGGAAAGGCUGCCGAAAAACAUGCAUUUCCUGACAAAGGAUGCUGGACUGGAGAUAUCUUACAUCGCUCAAAGGCCGGUGCUGCUCAAGUAUAGCCUUGAGCGUCGAUUGCUACCUCGGCACAACGUGCUUAAGCUACUCAAAGCGAAGGGAAUUCUGAACCUCCAGUUUGAUUAUCGUGCUGCCGCACUAUCUGAGGAGAAGUUUCUUGGCAAGUUUGUGCAUCCUUACGAGGAGAGUAUUCCAGGCCUUGCUUGUGCUUAUGCUUCUAGUUGUGCUGGGAAAGUACCUGUGAAGUAUGAUGUCCCUAUGAAGUAUGAUGUUACUAUCUAAGAAGACCAAAGAAAAGUGGAGAAAGUGCCGACGGAAGAUUUUAAGGAUUGUUACCCCCUUGAUCAAUUCUUCUAAGCCUUUACAAUUUUGCUGCCAGCGGUCCUCUGUAGUGUUGCUGGCUGAUGAAAAAGCAGAGGUAGAGGGUACAGACUAUGAUUAUCAUUUCCCAGAUAGGGACCGUGGAAAGAAAUUUGUAGGAAUGAUUAUGCUUGACAUUAUCUGCAGCUGGUUUAAAUAUUUCAUGGCCUUUCAUUGUAUCUGAUUGUAUUUUAGAUAUGGACUUAACCUCUUUGUAUCUGAUUGUGAACAGUUGUAUUUAGAUGUGCAUCUGAGAAGAAGUUUCUUGGCAAGUUUGUGCAUCCUUACAAGGGGUGUAUUCCAGGCAUUGCUUGUACUUAUGCUUCUCUUUGUACUGGGAAAGUACCUAUGAAAUAUGAAGUUACUGUCUAA